CAGGAAGUAGCGUGCUGAGCACAGCCGCAUUAAUGUGCAUCAAAUAUUUUUCUUUCACGUCUCUCCUGAAAUACUGUUUGUCUGUAAAGAAAGAGGUAUCAGGUGGCAUGUAAAUAGCAACAACUCCAAAUGUAGCCACUGAAGUCUACUGGCAUACUACUGGCAUAUACUAUUAUUCGUCAAAAAAUGAAGUCUGUUAAAGAGGAAAAAGAGGACUUGGGUUAUCCAGAGACACAGAUAAUGAAACAGAAACAUUCUGAGGAUCAAAGAGACUUGAUGGAAGUGAAAGAGGAAAUUCAAAAACUGAACGACUUGGAGGAGAAACAUCAGUGUCAUAAAUCUGAUCAUUUCAUUACUGAUGAAAAAUCUUCUAGUUGCUCACAGACUGAAACGACUUUCACGCAGAAAAGAACUCGAAGAACAAGAGCCAAAAAAAUAUUAACUUGCCAUCAAUGUGGAAAGAGCUUCCCAUACAAAGGAAAGCUGGAGUGUCACCUGAGAAUUCACACCGGAGAGAAGCCUUUCACAUGCACUCAGUGUGGAAAGAGUUUCACAAACAAAGGACACCUUAAGAGUCACAUGAUGAUUCACACUGGAGAGAAGCCUUUCAUGUGCGCUCAGUGUGGAAAGACUUUUACAUACAAAGGUCACCUUAAGUGUCACAUGAGAAUUCAUACUGGAGAGAGGCCUUUCACGUGCCCUCAGUGUGGAAAGGGUUUCACACAACAAAGCCAUCUCACAGUUCACAUGCGCUAUCACUCUGGAUUAAAGCCAUUUAACUGUGAUCAAUGUGGCAAACAAUUUAUGUGGGAAUCACAUCUAAAUGAACACCUGACCAUUCAUACUAACGAGAAGCCUUAUGUGUGUUCUUUUUGUGGAAAGGGUUUCAUUAUUUCAGGACAUUUAAAAGAACAUGAGAUAGUGCAUACUGGAGAGAAGCCAUACCACUGCACUUUAUGUGAGAAGAGUUACACACAGGCAGCUGGUCUACAAAACCAUUUAAAAAAGCAUCAAGGUGAACUAAAAAUGUAAAGAAAAAAAAUGACAAAGUAGCACUAGUGGUGUUCUGGGUCAUUUUUGAGCCAUCAUAAGAAAUGAAUGGGAAAGAUUAAAACACAGAGCAUUUGUUUUUUAUUUUGUCAAAUUAAAUACAUAAAUCAGCCACAAUGCAGAACACACACCCAUAGAUAUGAAAGAGCGAGACUAUAUAGCACAUCAAUAAUGCAGAACAUUUGCGCUGACACACACACUCACCAGUUAAUCUAUUACAACCAGGCAUGAAAUAGUAGAUAUAUGCAGCCAUUUACUUGUCAUUUCAUGUGGCAGAUGGCAGCAAUCUGACCUCAAUGCACACACAGACUGAAGACUGAGUCUGAGACAGUUAACCUUAUCCAUUCAUAAUGUAUGAUAAUACUUUAUUCCUUACUGUUUAUUACUAUUUUACAUUUACUGAUUGUAACUAAAUUUGAAUGGAGUUUCGUAAAGUUCAGGAGGAGCAUAUUCAUUUAAUUGGACCAAUCACAUCGCCAGAGUAAGAGUAUAUAAACUGCUGCGACGAUUCUUCCAGCAUUACUCCACCACCCCAUCUCAUCAUGUCUAUUCAUUAAUAACUCAAGUCUGGUUUUUAACCCCAUCAGAUCAUGUCUCGAGCCACGAGCCCUCCUCCAUGGACAGCGAGCCUAAUACUUUUACACUAACCUCAUGCAAGGGCGAGUCUAGCCCCUUUUUAGGGGUGCUUCAGCACCCCUAAAACUUGGAGUAAGAAAUGUUGUUAUUCUAAAAUUUUUCUUCGUCUUUGACAAGGUUAAAUAAUGUCCAAAAUAUACUCCGUAGUUUGUGGUUUAAAAUGUAUGUGUUAAGCAUGAAAAUGAAAACACCCCCGCUUAGCAAAUGGUAUCAUCCUCUUCUCUUCUUCUACUUCUCCUCUGUACCUGCACCGCUCAGCACGACUGUCAUCCAGCGCGAAACACACGCAGAGGGAGAACCAGUUAUGUAGUGUUGUGAAUCAACUAAGUUGCUCCAAAGCUGUGUCUCACACUUCUUUCCUUUUACCUAGAGUUGUUCCGAUUCCGAAACCAUAUCGGUGAGUACUGGAGUCAGUAUCCUGAAUCACCAUGGUACACCUAUAAUAAGUGUUUAUUUUCGGACUAUUUUAGUCUAGCGGGUCGCCGCCGCUGUGGAGUAGCACAGGACCUGGGUGACUCGUCCAUAGUCAUAAACGGAGAGAAGUAGCGCCGGUUACAAUGUUCUUCCACAAGAUGCGUGGAGUUCUGUUUAUUAACUGCUAGAACGUGAAACAAAAACAGCAGCGCGACAAAUAAACUGCGUACCUGUGUAGUGCGUACGUGUGUCUCUGUUGUUAAAGUUUAUCGUUAAUUUGAUACUCAUUUUAACAAUCGGGAGUCAUGUAAACAUGACAUCACGUGCGUCUUUUCUGGUCAGUCGUCAUGGAAACAUGAAGCCCUGGCGUUUGGACCAGAGUGAAAACAAACAUAUCACUGUAUACCACCAGUAAGUGUGAAAACACUCAUUGUGGCUUUUUAAAUGAAUUGUUAUUCAUUCCUAGAUUUAUAUCUGUUAUUUUUCAAUUGUGGCUGACUAUCAAACUAGACAAUAAAAGAAAGUUUAAUGUUUUUCUUUUGCUGUAUUUAUUCAUUCCUCACACACAGAGGAUUUAACCUGAACCAGGCUUAACUCCUGAACUCCUAGCAUUACUCUCUCUCUCUCUCUGUGUGUGUGUGUGUGUGAGCGUGUAUUUAUCACUUUGUGGGGACCAAAUGUCCCCAUAAGGAUAGUAAAACCCGAAAUUUUUGACCUUGUGGGGACAUUUUGUCGGUCCCCAUGAGGAAAACAGCUUAUAAAUCAUACUAAAUUAUGUUUUUUGAAAAUGUAAAAAUGCAGAAAGUUUUCUGUGAGGGUAAGGUUUAGGGGUAGGGUUAGGUUUAGGGGAUAGAAUAUAAAGUUUGUACAGUAUAAAAACCAUUGUGUCUAUGGAAAGUCCCCAUAAAACAUGGAAACCAAACAUGUGUGUGUGUGUGUGUGUGUGUGUGUGUGUGUGUGGCCUGCCAGUGAGCAAUGGACAUACGACAGUUCUUUAAAAGAAAAAAGACAGAUUCAGGUGAGAGACUAGGGACAGUCCAUAAUGACCUCUGUCUUGUUUUUUGGGUUUUUGUUCUUCUGAAAAGUGUUAAGCUAAAGUAACAGAUAAUGCAAACCAGCUAUCUGUUGUUGUACCAAAUUACUUAUCUAGGCAAUGGUCCCCUGCUUUUAUUUUUUUUUAUUUAUUUCAAACCCUCAAUGGAGAAUACAGCUUCUCUUGUGAAAGGAAUUUGUGAUUUAAAAAAGUUUCUAAGCCCAAUAAUAAUAAUAAAAAAGACAUUUAAAAUGCUACACCUCUGUGUGCCUUUUGAUCAUAUACUUGGAAUCUGUAAAUGGUCUCCAUAACAUUUUUGUGACAUGACAAACUGACCUCAACUCUCCUGCCUACAAUAUAUUUGU